GGAUUCGUUCUCAAGAUUCUGUUGCCCACGUGACGUUGCCUUUUUCUUUUUCCCCUUGCUGCAAAUGCAUAGGUAGGUUGCAGAAGUUUGUGAAAACAUUAUUUUGUAUUCAAUUUGCAAUUGCUUAGUGUAAUAUGGAAAAAAAAUGUUGCUCUAUUUGUUGGAAACUACAGUGUAUUUUUGUUUAUUAUAAAAGAAAUGUACCACUAUACGAUCACAGUAUUGGAAGUGAGUCGUCGUGGAUUCGUUCUCAAGAUUCUGUUGCCCACGUGACGUUGCCUUUUUCUUUUUCCCCUUGCUGCAAAUGCAUAGAAAUUGUCAACAAUAAAAAAGCUGUCAACACAAGCCACAAAGUCUCCUCGGUUCCUUCGUGAAGGCAUCCCAGAAGACAGCGUUACAUUGGUGCCGUGACCUGUUCAUGACUACGCCGGACCGGGUGGAUGUCUCCAUAGCGUCGAGGAGCUGCUGAUAUUCUUCUGUGACGGCGACAGUUUGGGCCUUUAAUUGCUUGCUACUCUGCCUUUGAUUGUUUUCUUUUUCAAAUAUUGUGUGGGAUUUAUUUGCACAAUGAGUUUUGACAAAUUUGGGACCUUUACUAUGACACCAGUUGGUCGGGGUAGAGGUUUGCACAGUACACCGGUCUCAUUUUCAAUGAGUGUGCAUGGUAACGAUGUAUGUGAUAAUGAAAACAUUCAAAGUCAUGUGGGCAGUGAUGAUGUAGUAGUACCUGGUAGCCCCCUUGUGGAUGAUCAUCGCUCACCUCAUAUUGCUGACACAUCCGUCCCAGUGUCAGCUGCUGGUAAUGCUGAAUUGGUUAGUCAGAUGAGCUCAAUUAUUCAACAGUUGGGGCGACAGAUAGCUGAUAGCAUUUUGUCACAAAUUAGUGCGUCAACCCCGGCAGCUGCUGUUCCUUCCAAGCAGGAAGUCAUGCACGAGAAGAAAGGCAAUUCUCCCAGCCACACCCUGGACUUGUCCCACGUCCAGCUGGUCACUCAGAGAGCUGUCAAAGACCCACCUGUUUUUCGAGGAGAAGAUUCGGACACUUUGUCAAUUGAUGAUUGGGAGGAAGGAAUGAGGGACUAUGUCCGUAAAAGUAAUGUUCAAAUUGAAGACCAAGCUGAGGAGAUUCUUAUGCAUCUGAGAGGCAGAGCGAAAGAUGUGGUCAGGUUUGGAAUCAGGAAUGGAGAAGUUGAUGUCCAGAAUAACCCUGAGGCAAUUUAUGGACUUUUGCGCAAACAUUUUAGUUCAAGCCGUUAUUCAUCUGUGCCGCUUGCUGAUUUCUAUUCUACGUUUCCCUAUGUUCAGGAGGAUGCAUAUGAGUAUUGGCUCCGGCUCAACAGGGCUGCUGAUGUUGCUGCAAGCUGCCUCAAAGAUCAAGGAAAGACCUUUGACAACCCGUCUGUAGAAGUGGCACGCAUGUUCAUCAGGCAUUGUCCAAAUAGAGAUUUAGCUUUUACGUUUAGGUCCAAGACAAUUGACAAAUGGUCAUCUCGCGAGGUUCAAGAGGUGCUGGAUGAGUACCAUCUUGAAAAAGGGAACAAGUCUUCCACGGGCCAAGCCGGCAGAGUCAAUGUAAAUAAGGUGGAGGUUGCCCUGAAUAACAGUGAUGUCUCUAGUGCCCCUGAGCAGCCAGCUGCUGUGAGCCAAGACACUGCUACUCUUGAAAGGCUGAUAGGGAUGUUAGAAAAGGUGUUGCUCAAGAAUUCAGGUUACACUCAAGCUAGACGUAACCCACGUAACAACGCCCCUUCAAGAAUUCAGGGUUUGAAUGACACACCAUGUUCCAUUUGUAACGACAGCUCUCACUCUGCCUUCAUACAUUGUCGUGAAAAUAACCUGUGUUUCCUUUGCCAUGCCCCUGGCCACUCCAGUCGUUUCUGCUCAGUCGGAAUGCGCCGACCUUCAGCUGGCCAGCAGGGAAACUAAAUGGUCUGCGUGCAGGGGAGGACAGCGUGGAUCAAGUGAGUCACCCUCCCAACAUGGAUUUAACAAAUGAUGAUUGUGAAACUUUGUAUAAUUCGUUCAGCAAUAUGGUGCCAUCGGAGAAGACACUCAUAGUGCAAAACCUGCAAAAGCUCUCAAAGACUGAUAGCUUGUUCUACACAGACGUUACUGUUGGUGGCGAAUAUGUUUUCAAAGCAUUGGUGGACAGUGGCUCUAUGGCAUGCACUAUAAGUGAAAAAGUUGAUGAAAGACUUUCUAAUUCAAACAUCCCCAUUGAGAGAAAAUCAGCCAAAGACUUUGUUAUUGUUGGCUGCGGUGGUCAAUUUGUCACUCCUUCCGCCACGUAUGAUCUCGCCGCGUCAAUUUAUGGCCACAAAGUGAUAAUGCCGGUUUUAGUCCUGCCUGGUCAGGUUGAUGAAAUGAUCCUUGGCAGUAAUGCCAUCA